AUGGCAGAGGCUAAUUUUCUGGAAAAAGUGGAUAUAGUAAAUACGGAUCAGAACUUAGGUGAUGAGGAAGAGGAUAAACCUUCUUUUCAGUCUCAAGAGAAAUUACCAGAAGCUCCCAUUGAAAUUUUAUCUGAUAUAGAAAUUGCUCCCGAUAACAAGACCAGGUUGCAAUCAUUUGAAAAUGUAGUACCCGACAAUAAUGAAACAAGGAACCAAGAAAAUUUGGAUAUUAAUCGUGAUGUUGGAACUGAUUCCACGUAUAAUAACGCCGAGACGAUUCUACGAGAUAUAGAAAAGGGAGUUAUUACUGUAAGAGAAGGUAAUGAUCAGGAAACUCUGGACUCGGAACUUGUCAAAUUGGAGAAAAUUCCAAAAUUUGAACCGUUAAUCAAGGUUCAUCCUGAAACAAAUUUCACACUUGGUGGAUUAUGGGCUUAUAAUCUCACGUCGCAAGAAUAUGAUAAAGAACCAUCUUUUGGAUACGAGUCUUUAUACAAUUUUUCAUCAAUUUAUCAAUCUCACAUGCAAAGGUGUGCUGAAGAAAUAUGUGAAGAUCAGCGAAUAGUAAUGGAGACCGUGAAAUCAGUUGACGAAUAUUGUGCUAGAAUUAGUCAAACGAUGAUUGCCACACAAUUACAAGCAAAAAACGAUCAGGAACAGAUUAGCGUUGUUAGCGGUUUAAUGAAGCAGGCAGAAAAAACUCGCAAAUUGACAUAUGAGAUAUUCCAAACUCUGAAUAAUAUGGACAUGAUAUUACCGGAAGAAGAACGGUUGGUAAAUCGAUUGGCAAGUAAUAAAUGGACUUCACUUUGCAAAUUUCGAUUGAGCAUGAAACAAAACCAACACUAUGGCCCCCUUACAAAAAGACUUUCACGUAUCAAUCCAAGUCAUUUGAAAGUUUCUUUAGACACCGUUUUAUCAGAAAAACAUCAAUAUACAGAUGCCACCAGUAAUUUCAAUGUGAGUCCAGAUCGGACAACACUUUCCAGUAUCCAAAGUUUUGAUAAUAAUGUGUCCAAUCGUCUAAAGGAGAUAGUUUCAAAUAAAUCACAUAAUGCAGAAGAAAGGACUUCUACCCAAUGGUUCCCUUUGCCCUUAGGAUCGGUUCCAAUUUUUAAACGCGUAGUCAAUAACACAAACGUCGAAAAUACUGUGUCAUCAUCUGAAAUCGCUGAUAACGCUGGAUUGAUAACUUCAACCUCAGAUACACCAGCGCCUGUUAAUAAAAAAUUGCAAUCUUCCGUAUCUCUACUAUCAGCAAUGCUAAAAAAAUCAUCGGUUCAGUGGGAGAGUGGACCGAGUCACAAAAAUUCAUCAAAAGAUGGCAAAAAGAAAUCAACAAAGUCUGAGUCGGGAUCGAACCGUGACGAACCCCUGAAUUCGAAUGAUCGAGUUCGUCUGGUUGAAAGGAGGAACGUUGUUAAGCAUGCCGAAGAGGGUGCAAGUGACAGCGAUGAAGAAA